GCAGUUUCUCUCUCACUUCGUGCUGUUUUGCGCCAUGAAUACAGAGGCGGUUUUAUUGUUAGAGACGGUUAACUUUGCCGCAGAAAAACAUCGCAACCAGCGACGUAAAGAUGCGGAACAGACGCCGUACAUUAACCACCCCAUCGGAGUGGCGAGAAUUCUCAGCCAUGAAGGAGGCAUCACAGACAUCGAGGUCCUGCAGGCAGCUCUGCUUCACGACACGGUGGAGGACACAGACACCUCUCCUGCAGAGCUCGAAGCAAAGUUCGGGCCUAUUGUGGCUCGUAUCGUUCAGGAGGUGACGGACGAUAAGAGCCUUCCCAAACAGGAGAGGAAGCGCCAGCAGGUGGAACAUGCGCCUCACUGCAGCCAGCAAGCCAAACUGGUCAAACUGGCUGAUAAACUGUACAACCUGAGGGACCUGAACCGCUGCACACCUGUCGGUUGGUCAACCGAGCGGGUCCAGGAGUAUUUUCUGUGGGCCUGUGCGGUGGUGAAAGGCCUGAAAGGAACCAACUCUGCUCUGGAGGAGAAGCUGGAGGAACUGUUCAGACAGAGAGGAGUCCAGCUCUGACCACACGGCCACAACACAGACUGUUUAAAUUACAGAUAAAGCACAUUUUCAUGAGUAAAUUAUACAAAUAAAUCAUAUUUCAUACACAU